AUGGCCCCCUUACUGGCAGCUGCGGAGAGCAGCUCUACCUCCGCCCCUCUGACGACUCCGAAUGCUCAACCACCACCAACACCAAUCAGACCUGAUUAUCAACAUCAGCACUCCCAUACCAAUUCGACUUCCAGUCGCCCUCCAGCUGGCUCUUUGAAGCUACAAACGAAUUUCGAAGAUUUCGAAGGGAAUAGUGAGACCGACCUCGACGACAAUGAUUACGAUAACGGGUACGACUCGGGUGAGGAGCUUCAACCUGAGCCAAAUCGAGGUGGACAGUCUCUACAAUACUCGGCAGCAGAGGAGGAGCAGGUCGUGAGAAAGUUUGAUCGGAGGCUUAUACCAUUUUUGGCUCUCCUAUAUCUACUUUCUUUUUUGGAUCGUUCCAAUAUUGGAAAUGCAAAGAUUGCCGGGCUCACAGACGAUUUAAACAUCUCAUCAUCGCAAUAUGAAUGGCUACUUACCGCAUUUUAUAUCACUUAUAUCCUCUUCGAAUGGAUGACCCUGAUGUACCGACUUGUUCCUCCGCAUAUCUACAUAUCGCUGUGUGUUUUUGGGUGGGGUCUUGCUGCGUCUCUGCAGGCUUUGGCGACUUCAUUCUGGGUUGCAGUCAUUCUCAGAGCACUUCUUGGAAUUACGGAAGCGGCUUUUGGACCGGGUGUUCCAUUCUAUCUAUCCUUAUUCUACAAACGAGAGGAGCUUGCGUUUCGAAACGGGCUUUUCAUUUCCGCAGCCCCGCUGGCUACUUCGUUCGCAAGCAGUCUGGCAUGGCUGAUAGUCAAACUCAGCAGCGAUGGGCCCAUCUCACCGUGGCGCACUUUGUUUCUGGUAGAGGGAUUCCCAAGUGUGAUCGUUGCUGUGUUUGCAUGGUUCCUUAUCCCUGAUGCGCCUGGAAAAGCUCAGUUUCUCGGUCCUCGGCAGAGGAUAGUGGCACAGCUGCGAUUGGGAGAGGGUAAAGCUGACUACCAUGAACCGCGUGGGAGUGAGUUUAAUUGGCAAGAGGUUCGGAAGACUUUGGUUGAUCCAACGUCCUACAUCACAGCUUUCAUGUUCUUCAGCUGCAAUGUUGCAUUUAGCUCGAUGCCCGUGUUCCUACCCACCAUUAUUCAGGACAUGGGUUACUCCUCUCUCACCUCCCAAGCCCUCUCCGCACCCCCAUACCUCGUCGCCUUCGUCGUGGUGCUGGUAACCACCUACAUCUCAGAUCGCAACCGAUCUCGCAGUCCCUACCUCAUCCUCCACGCGCUCCUCUCAUCACUCGCCUACCUCGCCAUCGCAGCAACAGGCUACUUCCACGCCCACAUGUCGCCCUGGAUCCACACAUUCAUUCGCUACAUCUGCGUCUACCCCGCCACAUCCGGCUUCUUCUCCGCAAUCACCCUGAUCAUCACCUGGACGAUGGACAACCGCGUCGCAAAAGAAGGCAAGGGAACAAGCGUCGCUAUCUUGAACAUCAUCGGACAGUGUGGCCCGCUUCUUGGGACGCGGCUAUAUCCCACCACCGACGGCCCUUGGUACAUUCGCGGCAUGGCUACUUGUUCGUUUUUCAUGGUUGUCGUGGCUAUCCUGGCGUUUGUGUUGAGGGUUAUCUUUCUCAGAUCGAACCGUACAGCGGAGCGGUCGGGAGAGGAUAUUGAAAUGGAAAUGGGUGGUCAUGGCGAGGAGAGCGAAGUGCUUAUGGGUGGUAAUCGACAGAGUAAUCUGCGGAGUGAUACAGAGACAUUUACAUAUAUUAUAUAG